AGAAAUUGUAGUUUAAAGAUGGCGCUACCCGGUGUUUUACUCGUGCGUCUGAGAGCGCUGUGCAAUGUUGGCAAAUGCGUUCAUAGCGGCUGUAAAACAGCGUCUAACUUGGGUAAAGAAAUGCGGUGGUAUAUGACCAAAGCUCCAAGCUUUCAGAAGAGUGGCGCAUCAUAUUUCCAGAGUAAACGAGUUGACACUAGAGAUCACCUCCUGAAGGAGUUUCCAAAUCCUAAAGGCCUCCUGAACAACACCGUCUCCCGGUCACUGGGAGUCAGCGACCUCUCCCAGCUCAUCCAGUACAGCUGCACGGAACAUGCUGGUCUCAAGAAGGCUACUGUCACGCUGCUGUGGCCCUGCAGGAUAGAAGAGGAGGGUUACGGCGCCAAGAAGAUCGACGCAGAGCAAUUUGCUGCAGCUGCCGCUUGCCAGAAGCUCAGAGAAAUGGGUGUGAUCGGUCCAAAUAACCAGCUCCCCAAGAGGCGAGCUGGCCGAGGUAGAGGAGGGCUACAUUCACUCCUUUAUGAUAACAAGGAUGACUCCAGGACAGAUGAUGUUGAUAGAGCCAGAGCAAAUGAAUGGCCGCCUACCAAAGAGGUUGACUCAGAUGUGUCUGAAGCCCUAUCCUUGUUUCCGCAACCUAAAUCUCUUCUGAAUAGGGUCAUCCAGGUGGCUACAUCAUCCAACAAUAUCUGGGAGCUGUUACAAUUCAGAACAACAGGAGGGAAGCUAAAGAAAUGUGAGCUGACGCUGCUCUGGCCCGAGGAGAUGACGUUCACAGCCAAAGCAGGCAGCCGGGCGGCAGCAGAGAAGAGAGCUGCAGCCCUUGCCUGCAUGAAGCUGAAGGAGUUGGAGCUGCUGGAUAAGGAUAACAAUCCACUGACUCACGCCAAGUAUCAUCGAGAGAAGGUGAAGGAAGCUGGAGAGAGGGAGAGACGCCCACUACCACUGGAUAUCCCUGAAUACCUGGAGCAGAGCAUGAGAGAGUACCUCACCCAGUACCCGGUGGCAACAGAGGUACAGAAACUAUGGGAAGAGGAAGAAGCAAGAGAACAGACGGUAAACAAGAACGAUGAGGAAGAUGAGGAGGACUUUGUAGCAGAUGCCAUCACAGGCAGGCCAUACAGACCUCUGUCUGAAUAUGAGGCUCAGAAGCUCAAUAUUCACCUUCAGCAAAAAUGGAACAGGGCAAACCCUGAACUGAACGUCACGCUCCCGGUCGAUUCCCACCGUCAGCGUGUGAUCUCAGCUGUGCAGUCCUCCAGGGUGGUUGUGAUUGCCGGUGAAACGGGAUGCGGCAAAACGACCCGGAUCCCGCGCUUCCUGCUGGAGGAGCAUGUGAGAGGUGGUAGCGGUGCUGAGUGUAACAUCCUGGUAACCCAGCCUCGCCGGAUCAGCGCCGUGUCAGUGGCUCAUCGUGUCGCUCACGAGAUGGGUCCAGCUCUUAAACAGUCUGUGGGAUAUCAGGUGAGACUCGAUAGCCGACUCCCAGAGCAGAGCGGAGGAGCCAUGCUCUUCCUCACAGUGGGCAUCCUGCUGAGGAAGCUGCAGUCGAACCCGACCCUGAAGGGAAUCAGCCACGUGGUGGUUGAUGAGGUCCAUGAGAGAGACAUAAACACAGACCUGCUGCUGGCCUUGCUGCGUACAAGCUUAAACGAGAACACUGAGCUAAGGGUUGUUCUUAUGAGUGCCACUGGAGACAACCAGAGGCUGGCUCAAUACUUCGGAGGCUGCCCGAUUGUAAAGGUACCGGGGUUUAUGCACCCAGUACGAGACCGGUACCUGGAGGAUGUACUGAAAGAGAUGGGACGUCAGUUUCAGGUCCAAGAGAGAACAGAGAUGGACAAAGAGAAUGACACCACACCAGAUCUUGAUUUAGUAGCUGAUGUUAUCGAACAUAUUGAUCGACAUGGAGAACCAGGUGCAGUGCUGUGUUUCCUGCCGGGAUGGCAGGACAUCAAGGCUGUUCAAGAGAAGCUUGAGGGAAAGCCACACUUCUCCUCUGGCUCGCAGAUGAUCCUGCCAUUGCAUUCAAGUUUAUCAGUGGCUGACCAGCAGGCAGUGUUCCAGCGCCCCCAAGUGGGCCAGAGAAAGAUUGUGCUUGCCACCAACAUUGCUGAGACUUCCAUUACAAUAGAUGAUAUUGUUCAUGUAGUGGAUGCAGGAACUCAAAAAGAACAGAAUUAUGACCCAAGAACUAAGGUCUCAUGUCUGGAUACAGUUUGGAUUUCCCAUUCAAAUGUUACACAAAGAAAAGGGAGAGCAGGACGAUGUCAGCCAGGACAGGCCUACCACCUGUUCUCAAGAGAGCAGCUGGAAUCCAUGAGUCCCUUUCCUGUCCCUGAAAUCCUGCGUACCCCACUUGAGAGUUUAGUAUUGCAGGCUAAAAUCCACAGUCCUAAUUCAAAGGCUGUAGAUUUCUUAUCCCAAGUGUUGGACAGUCCAGAGCCAGAGGCUGUGAGAGAUGCUGUCUGCAAUCUACAAGAUAUAGGAGUUCUGGACAAGACAGAAACUCUGACUCCAUUAGGAGAGCGUGUUGCCUGUAUGUCAUGUGACCCACGGCUGGGCAAAGUAUUGGUCUUGAGUAGCAUCUUCAGAUGUGUUCUGCCCAUGUUGUCUGUGGCUGCCUGUCUCACUAGAGACCCUUUCCACAACAGUCUGCAGAACAGAGCACUAGUCAACAAGGCCAAAGAGGCUCUGAGUGGUUCAAGCUACAGUGACUAUCUGGUGUUCAGCAGAGCUGUUCUGGGCUGGAGGAAAAUUCAGCAGGAGGGCGACCGAGAGGACAGAGAUGAAUUUCUGGACCGACACACCUUGUCCAGGGCCAGCCUUCGGUUUAUCAAUGGUCUUCUAUCUCAGUUCAGCGAGAAUCUCCAUGAUGCUGGGCUAGUUUUUCAUGCCAGCGAUUGCCAGCGUCACACUUCUCUCUACAAUGAACACAGCAACCAGGAUGAGCUGCUUAAAGCUGUGCUACUGGCUGGACUGUAUCCCAACCUCAUUCAGGUUAAGAAAGGUGUCAUUACUAAAGGAGGACGCUUUCGUCCCAACAGCAUUUCUUUGCGAACACUCAGUGGGCCGGUACUGCUUCACCGUUCCUCAGUAAACAGAGGGAAAGAGGACCUCCCUAGUCGCUGGUUGACCUUUUUCAGUGCCGUAAAGUCCAAUGGGAAUGUUUUCAUCAGAGACUCUUCUGCAGUCCAUCCACUUGCCCUGCUGCUGCUCACAGACUGUGACAUCACCGAGAUAGUGCAUGCAGACAGAGUAGAAGUAUCAUUUCCUGGACGCUCUCUGGUACGAUGUGAGCUGCCCGUUGAGACUUGGGAGCUGCUCUGGGCACUACGCACUUCCAUUCAGACCAUGCUGUACCGAAACCUCAACAGUCCCAGUGACACAAACUCUUCUCAAGAUGGAAAGCUCAUCUCUUUACUCGUAGAGCUGCUAAAUAAUACAGAGUCAAACCCUUGUGUUCAUAACAGCGACAGUGAGGUGGAUUGAUAAGAGCAUUUUCCUCAGGUCUGCUGGCUCGGACA